GGACUCUGUUGCUAGGGCGCGGGCGCAGGGGGUCGGGGGUACUGCAGCGGCUGCGCAGAGGAGCGAGGUGCUUGCUGGGUCCUGGGCUGUGAAACUACGCCAGGGGUUUUGCGGAGCGCAGCGCAAGUCUGUGCAUUUCCCAGGCGGGUGGCGCCCUCGCCCUUGGGGCUCGCUAGGUGGGCGCUUCCGGCUCGCCAAGCAGGGCCCCAGCGACUUUCCGCACCAUGGGCCAAUGUGGUAUUACCUCCUCGAAAACUGUGCUGGUGUUUCUUAACCUCAUCUUUUGGGGGGCAGCUGGCAUUUUAUGCUAUGUGGGAGCAUAUGUCUUCAUCACUUAUGAUGAUUAUGACCACUUCUUUGAAGAUGUGUACACUCUCAUCCCUGCUGUAGUGAUUAUAGCUGUAGGAGCUUUGCUUUUCAUUAUUGGACUAAUUGGCUGCUGUGCCACAAUCCGGGAAAGUCACUGUGGACUGGCCACGUUUGUCAUCAUCCUACUCUUAGUUUUUGUCACAGAAGUUGUUGUAGUGGUUUUGGGAUACGUUUACAGAGCAAAGGUGGAAAAUGAGGUUGACCGCAGCAUUCAGAAAGUAUAUAAGACCUACAGUGGAACCAGCCCUGAUGCUGCUAGCCGGGCUAUUGAUUAUGUACAGAGACAGCUGCACUGUUGUGGAAUUCACAAUUACUCAGACUGGGAAAAUACAGACUGGUUCAAAGAAACCAAAAAUCAGAGUGUCCCUCUAAGCUGCUGCAGAGAGACCGCCAGCAGCUGUAAUGGCAGUCUGGCCCAUCCCUCCAACCUCUAUGCUGAGGGGUGUGAAGCUCUAGUUGUGAAGAAGCUACAAGAAAUUAUGAUGCAUGUUAUCUGGGCAGCUCUGGCAUUUGCAGCUAUUCAGCUGCUGGGAAUGCUGUGCGCAUGCAUCGUUUUGUGCAGAAGGAGUAGAGAUCCUGCUUAUGAGCUUCUCAUCACUGGUGGAACCUAUGCGUAGUACAAAACUCAAGCCUGAGCUAGUUGGUCUUAUUCUGAUUUGGAAGGACAAUGGAGCAGGUCUACUGCGGUCGGCCUCCAGAGUUCAUUUAGUUAAAGCCCAUGUGUUGGACACAGCAGCUUGGUUCUUCAUGUGCCCACUUACUUAACCUACCAACAAUUUUCUUUUCCCCUCUUCUAGCUGACUCUCAAUGACUCUCUGUUUUUAAGCACCAUUGGUCAACGUUCUAAUUGCAGAACCAUUUGCAAUUUGCCUAGUGUGGUGAAAUUAAAAGAGGGAGUGGCUGCUUCUAUUACCUCCCAGCAGCAGUUGGCCUCUUGCUGAAGUACCACUGGGCCCUGCUAGGCUUCACAGUGGACAACUGUGGGUCAAAGGAUUUUGGGGGAAGGGGAGUUAACACCAGAUGGUGCCCCUCAUGAGUGUCCUUUAGAAAAUAUAUUUACUGUAGUCCAGUAUGAUUGCAGCUGUACAAAAUGGCUAAAAUUGAAUUUAGAAUCAUGCAAUGUGUAUCUUGGUUCAUAUUCAAAAUCAGAGUGAUCUUUGAAACGAGGUUUUUAAUCAAAGCUGGCUUUAUAGGAGGAGUAUAAUGUAUGCACUACUGUUUUAAAACAAUUAGUGUGGGGGGGUAGUGUUUGAACCCAUUCAUUGUAAGUCUAAACUUGUUAGAAAUAAUGUACCCAUGUAGACUAGCAACCUAUUAUGUAGGUGUGAUCUCAGUUGUAAAUAGAAAACUCUAAUUCAAUAAACUCUGUAUUACCUCUA